AUGCGUUGUGCAAAUCCUUUCUUCACGAACUUUGCGCGACGGACUGUGCGCGACGAAACUUCUGUCGCGCAUAAUUAUGUGCGACUAAAAUCAUCUUUGCGCGACGAAGAUUACUUCGUCGCGCAAACCCUAAAAUGUUAUAGUGUUGAUAACCCCACUUUGGUCCCUGCAACUCCACAUAUCCCACAUAAUUGUUCUCCCUCUUCUACACCAAGAGUACCUAUCCAAAUUCCUGAGGCUUCGGAUAACCCUGAGAUGACAACUGAAUUUAUUCCAUAUAAAGUGCAAGAUGCUUUGGUUGCUCCUCAAUGGAAGAAAGCUAUGGAUGAAAAGAUGCUGGCUUUGAAAAAAAAUCAAACUUGGGAUUUAGUUUCAUUGCCACAAGGAAAACGACCAGUUGGAUGCAUAUGGAUUUUCACAAUUAAACACAAGGUAGAUGGUACCAUUGAUAGAUACAAGGCGAGAUUGGUUGCCAAAGGAUAUACUCAGACAUAUGGUGUUGAUUAUCAGGAAACUUUUGCACCAGUUGCAAAAAUAAGCACAGUUCGUAUUCUAAUAUCGCUUGCAGCAAAUUUAGAUUGGCCACUCCAACAAUUUGAUGUGCAAAAUGCUUUCCUACAUGGAGAAUUAAAGGAAGAAGUUUAUAUGAACCUACCUCCGGGAUUUGAUCUAUCAGAAAAUCCAAAUUUGGUGUGCAAGUUGAGGAAGUCACUCUAUGGGUUGAAACAGUCUCCUAGAGCUUGGUUUGGCAAAUUCAGUUGUGCCAUGAAGAAAUAUGGUUAUCGUCAAAGCAAUGCAGAUCAUACUUUGUUUCUGAAGAGGAGGAAAGGGAAGGUCACUGUUUUAAUUAUGUAUGUUGAUGAUAUGAUAAUAACAGGUGAUGAUACAGAAGAGAUUGAUAAAUUGAAACAUUAUUUAUCAACUGAGUUUGAGAUGAAGGAUCUUGGAGGGCUGAAAUAUUUUUUGGGAAUUGAAGUGGCUAGAUCUCAACAGGGUAUUUUCUUGUCACAGAGAAAAUAUGUGUUAGAUUUAUUGAAUGAAACUGGGAUGCUUGGGUGUAAACCUGCUGAUACUCCUAUUGUGCAGAACCAUAAUCUUGAGAUUCUUCCAGAUCAAGUUCCAACAAAUAAAGACAGGUAUCAAAGGUUAGUUGGAAGACUUAUUUAUUUAUCUCACACCAGGCCAGAUAUUGCUUAUGAUGUUAGUGUUGUGAGUCAAUUUAUGCAUUCGCCUAGUGAAGUUCAUAUGGAAGCAGUUAUGCGAAUUUUACAGUAUUUGAAGUCUGCACCUGGCAAAGGGCUGAUGUUAUCAAAACAUGGACAUUUGGAAAUUGAAGGUUUUACAGAUGCCGAUUGGGCAGGAAAUCGAACUGAUAGGCGUUCAACAUCAGGUUAUUUUACAUUUGUGGGUGGUAACCUUGUUACUUGGCGAAGCAAGAAACAGAAGGUUUGUUCUUUGUCCAGUGCGGAAGCAAAGUAUCGAAGCAUGAUACAUGGCGUAUGUGAGAUGUUGUGGAUUCAGAAAUUAUUAAAGGAAUUGGGCUUCGUGGCUAAAGAUGCCAUGAAAUUGUAUUGUGAUAAUUAA